AUGGAGCCUGGUGAGCAAAGCAAUGGAAAAGGAAAGAGGAAGAGCGACACUGAAGAUAUCUCUGAGUUGACAAGGAAGACCAUAGACAAAAUAAAGAAAGUAAACCCUCGAGACAGGUUGCAACAUGGAACUAAGUGCACCUUUCAUGACAUGACUUCAAUUGGCUAUGGAUGGUUGCUUCCAGGAUGGGUUGCUGAAGAACGCCACACACAGCGUGGCAGAAUCUACAGGUACUAUUAUGAUCCAAAUGGGAAUUUCUAUGAAACCCAGCGACAGGUGGUAGCUGUCUUGGAAAAAUGUGGGGUGGUUGUAAUUGACAAGGAAUGCUUAUUUGCUAAGUCAGAACAGGAGUGCUUUGAAAUUCAAGUAGCUUUAAAUGUUUUCUUUGUAGGUUUCAUUAUCUAUAAGAGUUAA